AUGGGGAACGUCGUCUGCACCCGCGCGCUCGCGUUGACGCCGCAUGUUCGCCAGCGCCGCGUUCGCCUGCUCUUCGUGCUAAUCCUCCUGUGUGCGGGCAAGAAGCUGCUCGGGCCGACGCUCGUGUCGAUGCUACUCCGGUGGCACUAUGCGCGCACGGCCGAGUCGCCGCGACUGAUCUACCGCAAGACGCCUGCCAGCAAGAAGCUGCUGUCACACUGUGUGACGUUGAGUAUACUCUUCAAUGGCCACCUGCAGACUAUCAAGUUUGCGUUCGAUAAGCGCGCACCUGUCGUCGACUACAAACGUCAGCUGCUGGACAUGCCCGACGGUGGCGUGGUGUCGCUGGACUGGGCAUUGCUUCCAGGACACUCGCCUGCUGGUAACGAAUCCAGCAUUUCGCCUCGCGAAGAGGACUCGUCAUGGAUCGAAGGUGUGGACCCAACGCGACGCACGGUGUUGCUGUUGCCGGGGCUUACGGGUGGAAGUCCGGCGAAUUAUAUUCGCCACACGGUUGCUCGCCUCCACGAGGUGGGUUGGCAGUGCGUUGUGCUGAACGCUCGUGGGUGUGCCAAGACGCCGUUGAGGACGGCUCAGCUUUACUGCACGGCCUACACUGAGGAUCUGCGCUUUGUGCUUGAGCAACUGGCCAAGAAGUACGACUUCGGCCAAGAAGCGUUCGUCGGUGUGGGGUUCUCUAUGGGAUCUAAUGUGCUGGUGAAGUAUCUGGGCGAAGAGGGCGACCGCACUCCAUUGACUGGUGCUGUUUCGGUGGGGAACCCCUUCAACUUGACCAAAGUGUCGGAGAACUUGUCUGGCACGCUGUUCAAUCGGCUGGCCUACGACAAAAUGCUGAAUCGCAGCAUGCGUGCGCUCUUCUUCGAAAAGAGUAAUGCUGCCGAGAAGUUCGAGGGCUACCCGGGCCUCGACAUGGAGGCUGUUCGAGCUUCCCGCACUGUGAGAGAGUUCGACGAUAGGCUCACCAGUGUGCUCUUCAACUACAAGAAUGCCGAUGAUUUCUAUCAAGAUGCAUCCUCUGACAAGAUGCUGCGUGCUGUGAAGGUGCCGCUGCUUUGCAUCAACGCCGAGGACGACCCCAUCAGCGUGCGAACGGCGCUUCCGUCGCGUACCCUUGUGGAAGCCUGCCCGAAUGUCAUUCUAUGUCUGACCAAGUCUGGCGGCCACCUCGCGUACUACGAGAGUUCGCUCCGUAGCGACGAGGAGCGAGCUGGGAGUCUUGCUCGCAAGGACGCGCCAACCAUGUGGACCGCUAAGCCCAUUGCCGAAUUCGCCGAUGCGGUUCGUCUGACCAAGGUGGAGGCGGCGAAAGGAGCGUGA